AUGGCCAGCGCACGAGCGGCAUCACAGAGCGGAACAGGGCUGUUCCCGGGUGGGGUUCUCGACAUACUCGCAGUGCAGAGACAGCGUUCAGACGCGCGGAGCCCUGGGGAGGGACUGAGGGUGGAUAAACGGGCGGAGCAGGCGGUCGGAGACCAGAGGUUAGGAGCCAGAGGGAUGAGACAGCGUCACAGCAGACCUCUGGACGGGUUCUGCACCUCCUCUCUCUCCACACACCGCGCUCUGGAUUGGGGUCUUGCGCCUCCUCUCUCCCUUCACUCUGGACUUGGUGUCUCGCAUCCUUCUUUCUCCCUCAACAUCAGACCUCCUAGACUGGGGUCUGCACCUCCUCUCUCCCUCACGCAGAGCUCUGGAUUGGGGUUCUACAUAAACAAUAACUUGACUCAUUAUGUGGCCGCCUUCCCACCUGUCAUCUGCACUGCGAUUGUGUCAGACGCCACCAGGGAACAGGCCCUGUUUCCUCUUCGGUAUGCAGCUCUGUCCUGA